AUGGUCUCUGUCCAUUCACUCUACACGGUUGUGCUCGCGAUCAGCACAAUGCUGCCUCAAGCCGCUGCCCAUGGGCGAAGCGCCAACCCCGGGGUCCCCGUCAUUGACGCCCGUCUUGUUGAUGUUUCAGGACGGCCCCUAAACCACAAGGAGAUUGCAGACCUCUCCGGGCGCACUGUUGAGCUCACGGUCAAGAACCACAACGGCCCCUCCGCCACCAAGCGCAGCGAGCUUGAUGACCGCGCCCUCAUUCUAGUGGCACUCUACAUUGCGGCUGCCUCUGGGGAAGAUGAUGCUCAGGCGUACGCAGAUGAUCUCGAGGGUGCCGAGUGA